GUGGCUGAGCUCGGGUCGCUCCGGAGAGCCCGGAACCGCAGGUGUGCAGCGCCACCCGUUCCGCCGCUCACGAUCUGGGUCCGCUGGAGUCGGGGGCGGGGUGGAAACGAUUCUUGAGCCGCUCGGAGGAUUGCAAGUUGCCGCGGGAGCCACUGGGAGGACCCUCAGAAGAAGGUCCAGCUGAGAGCUGACAUCCUUCCACACAGAGUCCAGAUGGCGCAGUGGGAGAUGCUGCAGAGUCUUGACAGCCCGUUUCUGGACCAGUUGCACCAGCUCUACUCUCAAGUCCUCCUGCCAAUGGAUGUUCGACAGCACCUGGCAGAUUGGAUUGAAGACCAGAACUGGAGGGAAGCUGUGCUAGGCAAUGAUCACUCCAAGGCCAACAUGCUGUACUUCAACAUCUUGGAGCAGCUGAAGCAGUGGGACCACAGCUCGGACCCUGGUUGCUUUUUAUUGCAGCAUAACUUGCGAAAAUUCAGCCGGGACAUCCAGACUUUACCCAAUGGCCCUACCCAGUUGGCUGAGAUGAUCUUUAACCUUCUCCUGGAAGAGAAGAGAAUUCUGAAUCAGGCUCAAAGGGCUCAGGAGGUGCAAGCCGGGCCAGCUCCUGAAGCAGCCGUGAGAAGCCAGCAGCUGGAGAUUGAAACCCGAAUCCUGGAUUUACAGGCUGUGGUUGAGACGUUGGUGAAAUCCGUCAGGCAACUGAAAGACCUGCAUGAUGUCUUCAGCUUCCGAUACACGAUUCUCCAUCAGAAGAAGACGCCAUCUUUUGACCCCCAUCUGCUACAACUUGUUCAGACAACAGCCAAUGAAGUGGACAGAAUGAGAAAGGAGGUGCUGGAUACCUCCAGGGCCCUAGUGGGCCGAUUAACCACCCUGGUCGACCUGUUGCUGCCAAAAUUGGAUGAGUGGAAGAUGCAGCAGCAGAAAUCCUGCAUUGGAGCCCCACCACCGGAGCUGCAGCUGGAACAGCUGGAGCAGUGGAUGACGUCUGGAGCAAAACUCUUGUUCCACCUCCGGCUGCUGCUGAGACAGUUAAAGGAAAUGAGUUACAUGCUGGAGUACGAGGGUGACAUGUUUAGCCAAGGGGUGAACCUGCAGAAUGCCCAAGUCACAGAGUUACUACAGCGCCUGCUCCAAAGGUCCUUCGUGGUGGAAACCCAGCCCUGCAUGCCCCAAACUCUCCACCGACCCCUCAUCCUGAAGACUGGGAGCAAGUUCACUGUCCGAACAAGAUUGCUGGUGAGACUCCAGGAGGGCAACGAGUCACUCAAAGCAGAAGUUUCCAUUGACAGGAAUUCAGAGUUAUCAGGCUUCCGGAAGUUCAACAUUCUGACCUCAAACCAAAAAACCUUGACCCCUGAGGAGGGCCAGAGACAAGGCUUAAUUUGGGACUUCGGCUUCUUGACGCUGGUGGAGCAGCGUUCAGGUUCAGGAAAGGGUAACAAUAAGGGGCCGCUGGCUGUGACGGAGGAGUUACACAUCAUCAACUUCGUGGUGCAAUAUGUAUACCAGGGUCUGAAGAUGGAGCUGCAGACGAACACACUUCCUGUGGUGGUCAUUUCCAACAUGAACCAGCUCUCCAUUGCCUGGGCCUCAGUUCUCUGGUUCAACAUGCUCAGCCCAAACCCCCACCAGGAAAAGGAGAACCUCCAGUUCUUCUGCAAGCCCCCGAAAGCCCCUUGGAGCUUGCUGGAGCCUGUCCUCAGCUGGCAGUUCUCCUCCUACAUUGGCCGAGGCCUCGGUUCUGAGCAGCUGAGCAUGCUGAGGAACAAGCUAUUCGGAAAGAACUGCAAGGUGGAGGAGGCACUGCUGUCCUGGGCGGACUUCAGUAAGCGAGAGAGCCCCCCUGGCAAGAUCCCUUUCUGGAUUUGGCUGGACAAAAUUCUGGACCUGGUCCAUGACCACCUGAAGGGUCUCUGGAAUGACGGGCGAAUCAUGGGCUUUGUGAGCCGGAGCCAGGAACGCCGGCUGCUGAAGAAGAUGGUCUCUGGCACCUUCCUGCUGCGCUUCAGCGAAACUACCGAAGGCGGCAUCACUUGCUCGUGGGUGGAACACCAGGAUGAUGAUAAAGUGGUCAUCUACUCCGUGCAGCCGUACACCAAGGAAGUGCUGCAGUCACUCCCGCUGACAGAAAUCAUCCGCCACUACCAGGUUCUUGCGGACGAGAACGUCCCUGAGAACCCGCUGCAAUUCCUCUAUCCCAGAAUCCCUCGGGACGAAGCUUUUGGGUGCUACUACCAGGAAAAAGUUGAUUUUGAAGAACGGAGGAAAUAUCUGAAGCACAGGCUCAUCGUCAUCUCUAACAGACAGGUGGACGAACUGCAGCAACCUCCAGAGCUUCAACAGGAGCCAGAACUGGAGCCGUUAGAGCCAAAUGCAACCAUGGCAACCAUGGAGUUAGAACAAGACCUGGAGUUACCGAUGCUGCUGGAGGCAGGGCUGGAACUAAACCCCACACCGUGUGUGACCCCCCCACCAAGUCUGGAGACAGACCCAAGACUUGUAGCGCAGCUCUUGCCAGAGUCGGAUUUACCUCAUGAUCUGCAGCAGCUGAACAUGAAGGAGAUGGAAAUCUUCAGAAACAGCAUAGACAUUCCUAAUAUCAUGCCCCACGGUGACCCACUGUUGGCUGACCAUAACAUCACAGACGAAGCCUACAUGUUCUGCCGAAGCCAUUUUGAUGUGGAUGAACCCUUGAUUCCUUCUGAUGACUAGGAGCCACAUUCCCCCCUGCCCUCACGCACCAGGACAUUGCUUCCAACAGUGGGAAAUGAUGCCUUCGAAGCUGCAUUAGCCAUGAACUUUGGAGCAAGAGGGAGAAGCAUAAGAUGGCUUGGAAGCUGUGCCAAGGAGUCAGAAUAGACACUGGCUGCAGUCGUACCAGGAUCCGAAGGCUGCCUGCCAUGCUGGAAGACCCAGGGGUCCUGAGGGCAAGCAGGACAUUUGGGAGAUUAUUAAAGGGUCCAAAGCAGUAUUUCUCCAGUAUGGGAGGAUUUUAAUGGUCUGAUGAUCGGUAAGGCUAAACUGGUGUGAGCCAUAACUGGGUCUUUGUGGGGAGCACAGAGAUGGACGGAAUUUUGUCUGCCCUCCCCCUUUGCUAUCCUGGGUCUUUGCCAAACCCAGAGUUUCACAUGUGGUAGGCAACCACAUGGUACUGAGCCAUACCCGAGUCCCGUAGCCCUCCCUUCCAGUUACUUCAGAUCUAACCUAAUCUUUUCCUUUUCCCCUCCCCUUCACUCCUGAGUCCGGUUCUAAAUAUCUUUGUUCCCUGUAGAGGCUGAGAGCUGUCUGCUUUUUUUUUGUUUUUGUUUUUCGAGACAGGGUUUCUCUGUGGCUUUAGGAGCCUGUCCUGGAACUAGCUCUGUAGACCAGGCUGGUCUCGAACUCACAGAGAUCCGCCUGCCUCUGCCUCCCAAGUGCUGGGAUUAAAGGCGUGUGCCACCAUCGCCCGGCGGCUCUGGACAUCCUUAAGCCUCAGCCAUUGCCAGGGAGCCUGGGAGCAGCUGCCACUACUCUAAGGUUAGCUUGUGGUAGGACUUGGUAAAUGAACGUGAGGGAGCCAUACUGUGACCGUUGCUACCUGGAGUGUCAGAAGAGCAGUCCUGUUGAGGGAGGGCGCCAUGAAGGGGGCUUGAACAGAGCCAAGGGACUAGACAGGGAAGACGUACAGAGGAACGAGGAAGCUCAGGGAGCUAAAAGCAGAAGUCACGAGAAAAAGGCCCUGGCCAACAGGUGAAGUUAAGAUUCCAGCAGAAGCCGGCUUGGCUGCCUUUAAUCCUAGCAGGCAGAGGCAGUGGGUCUAGUGAGUUCAAGGCCAGAUGGUCUACAAAGUGAGUUCUGGGAUAGCCAGGGCUACACAGAGAAAGCCUGUCUCAAAAAUCUAAAACACACAGACACAGAAAAAAAGAAAGAAACCCAGCAAAGCCAGGCAGGGUCAUAUAUACCUUUAAUCCCUGCACUCAGGAGGAAGACAGAUGUUUCUGGAUUUUGAGACACACACACACACAGAAAAGAAAGAAAUCUGGCAAAGCCAGGCAGGGUGGUAUAUGUCUUUAAUCCCUGCACUCAGGAGGAAGGCAGAUGUUUCUGAGUUUUGAGGCAGCCAGGGUGACAUAGUGGGACCCCGUGAGAGAGAUGGUGGCAAGGCUGCAUUCCUUACGUUGUAAGUACCUGGGUUCCCUGCUGCAACAUCGUUCACCGUGCUACCUAUAGCCAGAAUGAAUCUUUUGUACGUCAUAAUAAACUCUUGUUAA